AUGACCAAGCAAAAUCUAGGCGAGAACAACGGACUUCUCAAUCCCGACAACGAUGUGAGGAGGGCCGUUGUUGACGAUACCACGCGAGGCUCAAAGACUGAUGACUGGAAGGUCAGUCUCAUAGCUGGUGCGUCUGCCUGUAUCGCCGUUCUUAUUGUCAAUCUUGGCGUCACCAUCUGGUCAACCUUGACACUCGAGGGUAAUCAGGAUGACAAAAAAACCAGUCGAAGAAUCAUCUACGAAGGCUCAUGCUCGACAACCCGUGAAUUAAGUAUCGCCAUCCAUCUUGUCAUUAACGUUUUCGGUUCGAUCCUUCUUGCAGCCAGCAAUUAUGGUAUGCAAUGCCUGUCGGCACCAACUAGGGCUGAUGUCGAUAGAGCCCACACGCGCCAAACAUGGGUUGAUAUCGGGAUUCCCAGUUUCCAUAACCUACGAAAAGUAGCCAGAAGUAGAGCUAUACUUUGGUGGCUGCUAGUAUUCUCUUCAUUACCACUGCACCUCUUAUUUAACUCGGUAGUCUUUUCGUCCUUAACAACCUACGACUAUGAAGUCUUCACUGUGGACAAGAAGCUCCGACUGCUCAGCAAACGGGGCGGAGAAUUUUUUGCAGAUUCUUAUGAUUUGAACCGAUUCAAGUCAAGAAACAUGAACACCAGCAAGCUCGAUAACCUUACCGCCUUAGAGUGCAUCAACGAGUACGGUGUAGCUUUCCUGACAAGAAGGAGUGACUUAUUGGUUGUUGUCGAUACUUCACAGUCUGGAGUAUCAAAAAGAGCCCUUGAUGCACAGCCAGCCGCACUUCACAACGUUCGACGAGCUACCUGCCCCGAAGUAGACUAUGACUGGAUUUGUCCUGAAGUCAGUUGCGAUGUCCCAUGCCGCCUCCAAUUGCCUCAAGUAAGACGCCAAUCUGAUAAUUGGAGGCCAUGGGAUAAUCGGGUUGAAUAUUGCCUUAGCCAACCAGCACCACAAAGAUGCCGACUGAACUUUGAUGUCUACCUUGCGGCAAUUAUACUUGGGGUCAACUUUAUCAAGGCAAUUACACUGGCAUUCAUCGCACUACGACCUCCGAAGGAACCGCUAUUUAUCCUUGGAGAUGCCAUUCAGUCAUUUUUGACGGUUCCCGAUGAGAAUUCUCGCGGAAACUGCUUAGCGUCGGCGCGUACCGCCCGGGCCGGUCAAUUCACUCGACCUUGCACUAUGCACACGAAGCGUAGAAGACGUGGAGUUGCAGUUACUGGAAGGCGUUGGUUCUUCAGUUUUGCCAUGUACGGAGUAGCAUUCGGUGUCAGCUGUUUCCUCCUGGCAUGGGGUAUUCGAGAGCUUCCAGGACCCCAUGAUAUUAAAAGCCUGUGGGAUCUGGGAUUUGGAGCUGCAACUGAGCUUACUAUAAUAACUGGAUUUGGCUGGGAGGAUGAGGGUGACGAGAGUCUCUUCUGGAACGUCCUUGUUUCCAACCUUCCUCAGCUGGUUUUCUCACUUUUGUACUUUCAGUACAAUGGCCUGUUUACUUGCAUGGCUGCGGCGAAGGAAUGGAGUGACUUCGGCCGCAAGAGAAAUCCACUGCGGGUUUCCUCUAACCCAAGAGGUCAGCAGCGCUCUCGCUACUUUCUCCAACUUCCAUAUCGCUUUAGCAUCCCACUUCUCCUCGUCUCCAUCCUAAUGCACUGGAUGUUAUCGCAAAGCAUCUUCAUCGUUGCCGUUGAAACACGCGAUAUCAUGAGGCCAGACUACUGGGAUUGGUCACUCUUGACCUGUGGGUAUUCUCCAAUUGCUAUCAUCUUCGUUAUAGUUACAUCCAUUUUCAUGGCUACGGCGGUGAUGAUAACUGCAUGCCGUCGUCUACCGACUGCUAUGCCUGUAGCUGCAAGUUGCAGUCUGGCGAUUUCAGCUGCUUGUCACCAGCCAGACGGUAUCCCAUCACCAGAAGCAUCGUUAUUUCCACUUCAAUGGGGUGUAAUGUGGUGUCAAAGAGAAGGAUUUAGUCGGGAGCUUACGGACCAUUGCGGAUUCUCUCAUCAUGCAGUAGAGGUGCCACAAGAUGGAAGGCUGUACUUUUAG